AUGCUUGUCAACAAGCUUAACUAUGGAGUGCAUAUUAUCAGGGGAGACGACAAGGCGGCAAAAGUAGUAGCCUCACUGGGUCUGCUCAUGGCCAAUGUCAAUGGUCCCCGGCCAUGCAUGAGGAGACUACUGAUGCGUGCCGCCGAAGCAGUGAUGCUGUACGGUGCAGAAGUAUGGGCCGAGGCGCUGCGAAAACAGAAAUACAGCAAGCGCAUAGCCGCGGUACAAAGGAGGGGCGCCCUCCGAAUCGCGUGCUCUUAUCGCACGGUCUCAGAGCCGGCAGUACUAGUACUACCUGGCUAG